ACAGAGGUAAAUAAUCAAUUUUAGCAGUUUUCGAGGAGUGUCGAAGCCGUAGCAGUCAAAAAAAUUUUUAUUUUAGAAUGGAAACAAAUAAUAAAGAUUUCUCACCAGUUUGAGUUCUCAAAAAGCUUUGGCUCGAAUCGACGACAAUACCGACUUAACAGUGACUUUGAUAAUCUUUUUCUCUUGCCCAAAUGUGCAUUGGCAUCGCAUAAAAAAUUCCAUUUAAGGAGGGAUUUAGCACGAUAUAAUUUCAACAUCAACAUCGUCGCUGACACACCUAAAGGGAAUGUUUGGAUCUCUGGAAAUAAAGAUACAACAUCCAACAUGCAGCAGCCUCAAAUGUGUAGGCCGGGAUCAGCAACAAAAGAAAUGAUUUCAACACAAUGUGCCACUAUGCAUUGGUUUGCAAUGGUUGGUGAAAAAGAAGCUUCAAUGAUCGAUGAUCUCAUUGAUUUAGAUCACUCACUGACACAAAAGGAACGCGAAGAACGAAUAAAACAAUUGAAAGAGAGACAAAAUGAAGAACGACAAAGAAAGUUGGAAGAGCUGAAAGCUCAAGCGUUAGCAACUCAGAAGCUUCGUGAGCAGAAAGAGGAAGAACGUCGUAAACGAAUGGAAGACAUGAAACUACGCGAUAACGAAAAACGAACCCUGGUGGAGGAGAGAAAGAAGGCAAUUUGGGAAGCUGAGAAAGAACGUCGUGAAUAUAUUUUGCGUAAGAAUCUCGAACGUGAACAGCGAUUAGAUUCAAAGAGAAAAAACGAACGAAGUCAAAUUGCAUUUGCAUUCGGAUCGUCAACACCACGCAUGUUGGACAGCGAAAGUGGAUCGAUUUGGGCUCAUCGAAGAGCUAAUUCAAUUCAAAAUGUCGCUUAUAAUACCAGCAUCUCACCGAUAACACGUCGCAGUUGUGAGCGUGACUUACCUGAUGGCUCAAAGAAACGUGCGACAUCAGCGAGUGGCUUGGAUCGACAGAGCGAAGCUCAAAAAUUAAUGUCAACAUCGAUGCAUGAAGUAUUCCAUUGGGGUCCAAACACAUCAGCUGCACCGAAAAAGCUUUCGCUUUCGGUUGCUGGCUCACAGAUUGACUUUGAAGGACCACCAUCGCCACGAAGACAAACUCAAUCUGCAUCUGCACGAAAUGCUGCUCGAAAUAGACUUAGCAUGGUGAUGGUAGAUAACGUGAAGGAUGAUUCAUGCGAUAUGACACGAAGUUAUAACGUUCAUCGACGUAAAACUGAUCUUAUGCCAACCAUUCCUAGUCCUCGCGAUAUGUGUCGAUCGUCUUUAGGCACCUACACUCCUCGAACGCCAGGACGUGCCUUUUCAAUGACUCGUUUGGAUCAACUGGCUAAGCCGAAACGUCGUAAUGGCGAGCACAUUAGUGCAAUCAUUGAACGUGAGCGUCGGCAAGCUUUGGAAUUGGAGGCUUUAUCGAAAGCAUCUUUACAACAGAAUCAAAGUAAAAGAAAGUCACGCAGCAUGUCGCAAUUGGGUGGACGUAAUAGUGGCACGCGGAGUCGUGAUGGAAGUCAAGCAUCAAGUGAUCGCUUCAAGACGCCUUCGCCUUUACAAAAGCAUCACAAAAAUGGCGAUGCAACAAGAAGCAUGACACAAUUGUCGAAUGGAAUCGAUAAGAAAAUUUCACCAGUGAAAGCAGGUUUACGUUCUGGCGAAAUAACGCCAAAGAGCUUGUCAACAUCUCGUCCUGGAAGUGCAAUGUCCACUUCAACUACCAAUUCGGCUCAAGUAACAAAGAGAUCGACACCGAUUCGUAAAACGAGGCCUGUAAGCAUAGCUGUGACUGGAGUUAGUCGUGAUGAAAAACCACCAGUUGCACCAUUGAGUGUUCCAAAACCAAUCACAAAGCGAACAUCAAGUAGCGGAGUAUCAAAGACACCAACAGGCACUGAAACUCCUAAGAAUCGAGUAAACAGUGCUAAAGCUACUCCUAAAUCAUCAAACACUCCAUCAGUUUUAUCGCCAUCGGUUGAAAAUCCCCCAAAGAUCAUUCAACAAUCAACACCAGUUGCUAAAGAAAUUCCAGCUGUUGAUGAAACAUGCAAGAGCGAAAAAACCAUCAUCAAUAAUGUGAUUAAAGCUGAGCAAGCGCACACAGCAGAAAGUUUCAGUGGAGUCAAUUUGGUUGACGUUACAACUGAAGCUGUCGUCGAAGUGACUGAAACAAUUGUCACUUCAGUGCCUGAUGCUCCAAUCGAGCAAGUUCAGAAGAAAGAAAAGGAAAAACCAGUUGAACUUUCACCAGAGAAUCCUCUUGAGAAUGCUGACAUGACAGCUUCAAUGAUUGCUAAAUCUCGAAUCACAACUGAAGAAGAAGCAAAAGCUAAGAUCGCAGAACGUCGUCGUUUAGCUCGUGAAGAAGCAGAACGACAAGCGGAGCUUGAACGUCAACGCCUCGAAGAAGAAGCAGCUGCGGAGCGUCAACGUCAAGCUGAUGAAGAAGAAAGACAAAGAUUGUUAGAAGCUGAAACAAUUAGACUUGCUGAAGAGCAGCGUCGUGUUGAAGAAGAGAGAUUACAGCAGGCCAUUGAAGAAAAUAAGAAACGGGAAGAGGAAGAACAGAAGCGUCGAGAAGAAGAAGCUCGACAAAAGGCUGAACGAGAACUUGCUGAGAAAAAAGCACGUGAAGAUGCUGAAAAAGCAAAAGCUGAAAAUGCUGAACGUUUGAAAAAAGAGGAAAAAGAUCGUGAGGAAAGAAGAAAGCGAGUUGAAGCAAUUAUGGCUCGAACCAGGAAAGGUGGCUCUGCCAACACACCAUCGAAGAAUGAAAGCGAUGCUGUGGAUUUGUCAAAGAGUCAAAUUGAUUCAAUGUCACAAUCGAUGAUUGAACAAACUUUAAAUUCAGAACAAUCAAAUUUUGUUAACAAUCAAGACGAUCAAUCACCAUCCUCUGAUAAGCAAGAAAGUUAUGAGCAAUCGGUGACAGAGAAAGAAAACCUGCUCAUGGGAGGAUUCAAUAAAAUGAAUCUAAAUGGCAACGGUAAUGGCAUCAACAAUAAUCUGCUCGAGACUAAUAACAAUUUAAAUUUGUUAAAUGGACAACAAAACGGUAAAAAUGAAACGCCGACAAGCGAUCUGAUCAUCAAUGAUGGUGCAACAAACGGGCAUGAAAAAAACAGUAUUGAAAGUGCUUUCAUACCAUCUAAUGCUCCAGAGAUUCCAACGAAAGCGAAUGAAGAUAAGCUGAUUGAUUUCGGUAGCAGCGAUCCGACGAUAGAAAAUCCAUCUACAAAUUUGAAUAAUAAUAAUUUCAUAGAUAGCAACAGUAGUAGUUUAAUUACUCAUAAUAAUUUAAAUAAUAAUAAUCUAGUCGCUGCAUCCGAGAGUAAUAACGAUGAAAGAGAUCUUUCAUUGCUGUAAAUAUGUGUGUCGAGAAAACAGAAAGUGUUGGAGUCAGGUUGGAUGAGCGAAAAAUUACAUUUUUCAACAUAAAAUUUGACGUCUAAAAGAUUAAAAAAAUCAUAUUUAUUAAAGAAAAAAAAUCAGUUUAUUAAAACUUAGAGCAUAUAAAUUUCUCUCCUCAAUAAUCAAUGGUGUUAAAAAUAAUAUUGAGUUUCCGACCUCAUUAAAACAAUUUUUUUAAAUAACAACAAGAAAGCUUCCAAAUCAAGAAGCUUUCUCAAAAAAUUAAAUAAAAAAAUGAAAGAAACAAUUAAAUUUAUUUAAAUAUUAACAGAGAAAUCUUUUUGAGAUCGAAAUUUAUUCCUUAGGAAAACAAAAAUAUAAAAAAAAACAAUUUUGCUUGAAUUGCACAAAAAUCAUUGGGAAUUGUAUAAAUGUAAUGUCGUCUAGGAAUUGUUUAGUAAAGAAAAUGUUAAAUGUGAAAAUUUAUCGACAGCAUAACAUUCGUACAAAUCCCAAUAUAAGAAAUGGUUUGAUGAUGACGAAUAAAACUGAUUACUUUGUAAGAGACAACAUAGAUAUGAAAAGAAAAUUAAGUGCAGGAAUGAAUGGAUUUUCUCUUCUUUAUAUAUCUAAUCUUCAUGUAAAUAACUAAUCAAAUUGAUAGGAAGCAAGUUUCGAAUACUUGAGUUCAUGUUCUUUAUUUUAUAUUUGAUGAGAAACUUAUCACAUACGAGGUGCUUUAUCCUUUGCGAUCGAUGCUCAGGCAGUUAGAUGAGCUUCAUGUUCAGAAGAAAGCAUAGAAAGAUGAAAUUAACAUUUAAGUAGUUGACAUGAUUUCUUUCUAGAUUUUCUAAUUGUAUUUUAACGUUAAAUUUUCUUUUUGUAUUGCGAUUUAAACUUUUUCAUUUGCCUUUUGCUUAUUGUGAAUCAAUUGCAGUUUGUUUAUUUUAGCACAGAUUUAACUAAUGAAAGAAGAUUCAUUCAAAUCUUCAUAGUUGUUUGACUGUGUGUAAUUUUUCUGCUUCAACAACUGCAGUUUGUUCAUAUUGUUUUAUUUUUACCAAAUAAUAGUCAUUUUUUUACACUUGGUAUGGGUCAAAAGGGAAAUCAGACGAUUUUGCGCCCUCACUAAGUAACCGCAACAUUUCAAUUUUUAAUGUUGAAUUGAAAUCGCCUUCACUUUUAUUAUACGUUCGAGAAUUGAUUUAAUUGCUUUUCUCGAUCACGUUUAUGAAAUCUGUUUCCUUCUUGUUGAUAAGAAAAGUCUUUUUUUAUAUAUCUUACUUAUUAAAACCGCCACUAGGGAAUCAAGAAAUUUUCUUUCCUUUUGAAAUAAAUUUUAUAGACAGAAAGUCAAGAAAGAUUAUUGCACUUUAGAGGAAUCAUUAAGACAAGGUGUAAUGUUUUUAUAAUAUCUACACAAUAACUGAGUGUAAUGAAGGGAAAAUAAAUAAAUAAAUCAUCAUAAAUUUUCCUCAAAACAUAUUGUGAAUGAACAAAUGAUGAUGUUCAUAAUGUAAUAAAUGAAAAUGAAAAUGAAAACCAUGUUAUCAGAAGAAAAUCUUAUUAGAAAAUCAAAAAUAAAUUAAUUGCAUAUUUAAUUAAUCAA